UCCUGUAAUAUAAUAAGAAAUAACAACAGAUAUCUGAGCUGGUGACUUUUGAAAAGUAAAUUUAUCAAAAAAGAAAAACUUCAUUUAACAGAACUGUUUAUCAUUGGAAACUGUCAUUAAUCAUUUUGUGGGUACCGCACAGGAAAAGUACCAAGAAUGUUCCCAUGCAGGCACCAUUCUAGUGAAUGACUGUUCAGUGACCCAUAUAAAACCCUGGUUCUGUAUUAUUUUAUAAUGACGCUCUCUGUUUGUAUUUGCUGCAGCAGUUGUUCCACAGUCUGUCGACUUACUCCAGAUUGUUUUUGUUUCCCUUUCCUGUAUUACUUCCUUCUCUACCCUCUAAGAAUGUGAAGUGUUUCCUCUACAAGGCAAUAAACUGGAUGCAUGGCGUGUUGGUUGGUAUACAGCAAACGGUCAGCCCUAAUGAAAACAUGGUGUUGAAAAUGCAAAGCUAUGUGAACUGAAGCCAGAGUUCGUGGUUUUUGACGGGGAAGUCAGAAAAUGUAAAGAUAUUUCUCUCUCUUUUUUUUAACCACCCUGAUCAUAAAUGUUUUAACAGGGAAGAUUCAACAGAAAGCUGCCCAAGGCCCCGCACUGGUGACCCUGAGAAUGCACCCUCAGAAAUGAUUGAGAACCAUAAAUUCUAAACGUUCUACUGAAGGAUGUUAAGAAACUGUGGACAGCAUGGACUUGACCUGAGAACUUUGGAUAUCGAUCCUGGGUUGCCAGAUCUGGUCCCUCAAGGCUUCGGCUGCAUCACCUCGUCUUCCUCUCUCAAAUUCCCAUCACUGAAGGGAAGUCGAAGUUCAGCGAGGGAGGAAAGUGUUUUUUCUGGGAGGAGUCCCGCUUUUUUUUGCAGGAUGACACGUGAAACUUUCCUGAGGAGGUGCUUGGUGUGUUUGCAGUGAGCUGAGCGGCUCUCCGUUAACUCCAGAGAGAGAAGCUGGUGUUGGUGUUGGAGGACCAGAGGACCAGAGAGCUCCAGCCUAUUUUGAGACGUCCGUCAAUGGGGGGAAGCCAAGGGGCUUGAAGAAUUUACAACGAGGAAAAACAUCUUCACCGAGCGGCCAUGAGUUUGCACAACACCGCGAAGUGACGAGAUUGGAAGGACACCCUCUCUCCCUCCCUCCACCUCCCCCCCAAAAGUCACGUCUACGCAGACGAAAGUUAACUGGAGCUCGACGCUUUGCUCCAGCUCGACCAGAACUUUGCCUGAAAUCCUGCAGCGGCCUCUGGAGCAGUUGCUGCGCAGCACCAAUGGCUGCUCAAUGUGACACUUUAAGCGGAUACUUGCAGCAGUCGGACCAGGGCUCCAACAGCGAGCGCAGCACCGACUCCCCGCUCCCGGGCUCCGAGGAGGAUCUGAGCGGACCUCACCCGCUGCCGGACCCCGAGUGGACCGAGGAGAGGUUCCGGGUGGACCGCAAGAAGUUGGAAAUCAUGCUUUUAGCUGCCUCCGAGGGGAGAGUCAACGGAGGGGAGGAUUUCUUUCAGAAGAUCAUGGAUGAAACACAGACACAGAUAGCCUGGCCGUCCAAGCUGAAAAUAGGAGCCAAGUCUAAAAAAGAUCCACACAUCAAGGUCUGUGGAAAGAGGGAGAACGUGAGAGAAGCCAAAGACAGAAUUAUGUCCGUCCUGGACACAAAGAGCAACAGGGUGACUCUGAAAAUGGACGUCUCGCACACGGAGCACUCCCACGUCAUCGGCAAAGGAGGCAACAACAUUAAGAGGGUGAUGGAGGAGACGGGGUGUCACAUUCAUUUCCCAGACUCCAACCGGAACAACCAGACAGAGAAAAGCAACCAGGUGUCCAUUGCAGGGCAGCCAGGAGGCGUGGAGGCAGCUCGAAUGAAGAUAAGGGAGCUGCUUCCUCUGGUCUUGUCUUUUGAGCUUCCUGCCAUCAUGCAGUCCGACCCCAGCUCCCCCACAGUGCAGCACAUAUCACAGACCUACAACCUCACAGUCUCCUUUAAGCCCCCGACCCGUCUGUACAGGGCCACAGGUGUGGUUCGCGGCUCGCAGAACAACGUCAACGCGGUGAAGAGGGGAACAGCUCUGUUGCUAGAGCAUUUAGCUGGAAGCCUGGCGAGCACCAUCUCUGUGACCACCCACCUGGACAUCGCACCCCAGCAUCACCUCUUCAUGAAGGGCCGCAACGGCAGCAACAUCAAGCACAUCACCCAGAGGACGGGAGCCCAGAUCCACUUCCCUGAUCCCAACGGCCCACAGAAGAAAUCCACGGUCUACAUUCAGGGCACGAUUGAAUCUGUGUGUCUGGCACGUCAGUACCUCAUGGGCUGCCUGCCUCUGGUGUUGAUGUUUGACAUUAAGGAGGACAUUGAGGUGGAUCCUCAGUGCAUCACGGUGCUGAUGGAGCAGCUGGAUGUUUUCAUCAGCAUCAAACCAAAGCCAAAACAACCCAGUAAGUCUGUGAUCGUCAAGAGUGUGGAGAGGAACGCCGUGAACAUGUACGAAGCACGAAGGUUCCUCCUGGGCCUGGAGAGCAACGGCGUGUCGUUAACAUCAUCGUCACUAUCGUCUUCACCGUCUGUGGCCUUGAAUCCGACCAACAGCGGUCCGUCUGCGUCCCUCAUCUGCCCCGUUGGCCUGGACAUCCUGGCCUCAGCUGGACUGGGGCUCAGCAAUCUAGGUUUCCUGGGGGCCGCGGCACCACACUCCCUCACCACCUCUGCCGCCCCCAACGCCGUGCUCAACAGCUUAAACUCAUCCAUGAGCCCGCUGCAGACCCCCAGUCCCAGCACCCCCACCGCCUCCCCCUCACUCUGGCCCAGCUCCCUCACCGGCACCCAAGGAUUCUCGUCUCCACUGAUGCUCCACGCUGCCACCCAGGCCACUCUGAGCAGCAUCCUACUGUCAGGUGUUCAGGGUUACACACAGAGCACACCGUCGCCUCCUCCUGGACUCGCCCCGAUUGACAAGCAGACAAAUGGAGUCCCCGACUGUUCCAAAGUCCCCUGUACUCUCAAUGGACACGUCAAGCACCCAGCCUCAGUCUACGGGAGGAUAGCAACCGCAUCGCUCGCAGAGACGGUUCGGAAUCCAGCUCCGUGUGACUCGGUGCAGGAGGCCAGUGGACACAGUCCCUCAGAACCGCUGUCUAGCAAAUCCAACCCAGAUGAAGGCUCGGACACAUUUGUGGAAGUGGGCAUGCCCAGGAGCCCGUCUCACUCCGCUAACGGGAGCGAGCUGAAACAAAUGCUGGCCUCGUGUAAAACGUCAUCAGGGAAGCGUCAGGCGGUGGAGCUCCUGCAGGGAACCAAGAACUCCCAUCUGCAUUCAGACUGCCUGCUGUCGGACGCUGAGUCCAGCUCCUCAGACAGUCCUGUGGCAGAUAAGAGAGCACCAGGGAGCGAGCGAGCAGCCGAACGAGCAGCACAGCAGAAUGAGAGAGAGAGAAUCAGACUGGCUCCUCAGACCUCCUUUGCCAACAUGCAGGCAUUUGACUAUGAACAGAAGAAGCUGUUAGCAACCAAAGCUAUGCUGAAGAAGCCUGUGGUGACUGAGGUGCGGACCCCGACCAACACCUGGAGCGGUCUGGGCUUUUCUAAGUCCAUGCCGGCAGAAACCAUCAAGGAGCUGCGCAGAGCCAAUCACGUCUCGUACAAACCCAGUAUGACCACCACGUAUGAGGGUUCCCCGCUGUCCCUGUCUCGCUCCAGCAGCAGGGAGGGCGUUGGCAACGGCAGUGACUCGGACAACUGGAGAGAGAGGAACGGCACUGGCAACGGUCUGCCGAGUCACACGGAAUUCCCCUCUGCUGUCAGCAGCCCCAAGAGGAAGCAGAACAAAUCUGCUGCAGAACAUUACCUCAGCAGCAGCAACUACAUGGACUGCAUCCCUUCAGUCACCGGCAGCAACGGCUGCAGUCUGAGCUCCUCCCUGAAAGGCUCCGACCUGCCGGAGCUGUUCAGCAAGCUGGGUCUGGGGAAGUACACCGACGUGUUCCAGCAACAAGAGAUUGACCUCCAGACAUUCCUGACACUAACAGACCAGGACCUGAAGGAACUGGGCAUCACCACCUUCGGAGCGCGCAGGAAAAUGUUGCUCGCCAUCUCAGAACUAAACAAGAACCAGAGGAAGUUUUUCGAGCCGCCGAUCAGAUCCUCGUUUCUAGAGGGCGGAGCUAGCGGUCGCCUCUCCCGCCAGUUUCACACAGACAUGGCCAGCGUCAGUGGACGGUGGUAGUCGUCCACUGACCUCCAGCCCUUCUCCAAAACCCCGUCCAAAAUGGAAAUUGUGUCUUCCUGUGUCUCUGCUCUUGUGCCUCAGCAGCACAGUUGUUGGAUUCUGUUGACCUUUGAAUUAGGGACAGUUCCGAAUGUCGUCGUCCUUGUAGUUGUUGUUGCCAUAUAGUAUGAAAAAUAUGUAAAUGUUUUUUUGUUUUGUUUUUUUAAAAAGCCAUAGUUCUACCUAAAGUGCCAACAAAAAAAAAGGGAAUUUCAACAGUAAGUAUUGUAAUAACAUCACAUCAGACGGAUGUGAUUAUGAAGAGAAAAGUACUGUCCAGUAUUUCUGUCCACUUUUUGUCCAAGGGAACAGGCAGAAUGAUUAGUACGAACAUUUAACCCACAGAUACUUCCUGCAUCAGUGCCAUGCUGUGGUAUCGGUGACAUGCACUUUAACCAUGCUAGACUUUUGCCUGUAAGAUUCCUUAGUCUUAAAUAAUGAUGACUAUGCAUUUUUAUUAUUAUUAUUAUUAUUAUUCUCUUAGUAAAGCACAGAUGCAUUUUGUACCAAAGGACAUGGAAGCACUUAGCCAGACGGAUUAGAGACACCAUCAGCGUUUGGACAUUUCUACCAAAAAAAAAAGAAGCAUAAUAACUCACGGCCUUUGACCUUUGGCUGCCUUAAGUGUUAUGUUUGGACAUUCCUCCAAGGUCAGUGUUUGUGUUCAAAAACAUUCUGUUUGUCUGUUUUGGGGUUUUUUUUCUACACACAAAAAAAAUGUAAUAUUUGUACUCCUUAUGAUUAAUGUGUAGUUUAGUUUUUACUACCUUUUUAGAGGGACGGGGGCGGGAUGUGUAACGGUAAUCAGUUUACAUGUGUAUUUGUUUUUAUACCUUCAUGAAUUCAAGUUUCUAUCAUUGUGUAAUUAGAUCAUCAGUGUCUUCUGCUUCCCCUCGCUCCCACGUCCUCUUCAGUCUGUGGCUGUGCCAUCGGGCAGCAGCAGAGAAACGAGGCAGCGGGGCGAAGCCUCGUUGGCCGCGCUCCAGUGUGUCAACAGGCGUUUUCUGUUGUUGUUGUUUUGUUUGUUUGUUUUCUGUCUGUUAAUAGUGCAUGUUCUUUGGUCAGUGUUAAACCUUCUGUGUGCCUUAAUCUCAAUGCACUCCGGCAUAUAUGUGGAAUAGGCGUGUGUGUACUGUAUGUGUGCGUGAGCGAGUGUGUUCCAGUUUAAAGCAGGGAAACACUUCCUUAAAAACACUAACGUUCUACCCGGACCUUGCUCAGCAGAUACAAAGUGCCUCCGUUUAUACACAGUUAACUGAGCUGCAUGUGAGCCUCUCUCUGUGUGACGUUUGUACAAAAUCCUGCACAUGCUUUUUUGUUUUGUUUUUCAUGAACAACAGGGUUAUUCGAGCAGCAGCCGAAGCAGUAUUUAUCACCUAAACCUGUUUUUAUCUCAGCUUCAGAAUACGUUCUAUCAUGUGAUUUGGAGAGAAAUAUCAUUUUUAACUAACAGUUCAUGUUUUUUUGGUGAUGUUUUGUGAGAAUUCAGUCAAAACCAAAUCCCAACAUCCUGCGCGUUUCAUUUCAAGUGCAAUUGAUUCUUUUUGUAAAUUUUAUUUGUUAAUAUUUGCAGCGCUUCACGAACAAAACGCUCAGACUAAAACAAUCGAUGUUAGAGUGAAACAAGAUGUACCAGAGAUGAUCUAAAAUAAAAAAAUAAUAAAAUAAUUAGUUGUUAGUCAUCUCCAGCCAUUUUCAGUGGUUGUCAGGUUGUUAAUAAAUAAUAUUCUGACAGGGUUGCUGAUGCAACACGUCAAUUUUAUUUUCUUACUCAACUUCUUUUUUUUUUAAGUUGUUUUCCUUUAAGGAUUCCUGUGUUGCAUGUUGUAUCCCCUUCAUCCUGAGAGGAAAACCCCGGGACUGUUUGGUCCCCACUCAUGGUACUAUUAUUGAAACUGUUUAGCACUGAUUUCUCUCAGUGCUGCGACUCGUGUUCCUGCCUAGCAGACAUUUGUUUUCAUUCUUCACCCUGUUUGGAUGCAUUUGCUCAGAGGGCAGUAGUGAAUGUUGUACAAAGAAGUAUUGAUGCAUGUUGAUGCACGUUUAUUGUGGAUAAAUGUAGGGACUCACCAAGUCAAAACGUUUACUUUCAGCAGUUUAUUUCUUUGCCCUAAUAUUAUAGUUUUACAGUUUAGCUUUUAUUUAGUUGCAUCGGUCACAUGUUCCCAAAGGGAUUUAUUUGAAGGCGUCAUUGAACUGCAAUCAAAUGGUACAUUUAUAAUAAAUGUAAACCACUAAGGAAAAAAAAAAAAGCAUAACUUUUUGUACAGUUUUUUUUUUUUUGCUUUGUUUUUAUUUUUUAUUUUAUAAAACCAAUGAUUUGUGUAAGAAAGGUACAAUCCUGCACAAAGUUCCAGACCAGAAUUUUUGUAUAAACAUUACCGUGUGGCCAAAAACUCUGUUUCACAGUUGAUGCUGUUGUCAUUCUGCCUGUCUUUAUAGAGCAGAUGUAAACAGAAGAGAGAGCAACUGUUGAGUGGACAAGGGAAAAAAAUGUUUGUUCGGACAUUCAAAUGAUAUAAUGAAGGUAAUAAAUGUAUGCAAACCAAA